CUUAGUACUAGACACAAAGCAAAGCAAAGCAAAGCGGUCGCCAUGGCCGCGUCGCGCUACGAUGUGGAGGUCACGGUCGCCUCGGCGCGCGACCUCAAGAACGUCAACUGGCGCCACGGCGACCUCAAGCCCUACGCCGUCCUCUGGAUCGACUCCGGCGCCAAGUGCUCCACCCGCGUUGACCUCGACAACGGCGAGAGCCCCACAUGGGACGACAAGGUCACCGUCCCGCUCCCUCCCUCCAGCCGCCUCGACGACGCCGUUCUCUACGUCGACGUCGUCCACGCCAACGCCGCCGAGGGCGUCAAGCCGCUCGUCGGCUCCGCGCGCCUCCCGCUCCGCGACGUCCUGGCCGACACCGGCGUAGGCGGCCGCGCCUCCCGCUCGCUCCGCCUCAAGCGCCCCUCCGGCCGUCCCCAGGGACGCCUCGACGUCCGCGUCGCUGUGCGCGAGCCGGCACGCUACUACGACCCCUCGCCUUACCCUGCUCCCUACCAGCAGCAGUCUUCCCGUGACCCCUACACUGCCACCGCCUAUGGGCAGCCGUACGCGGCGGCCCCUCCGGCAGGGUACCCGUCGGCCUACGGCUCAGCGCCGCCUGCUGUUCCGGCCUAUGGUGCGUAUGGGUCGGCGGCGGCGGCUCCUGUGGCAGUGGCAGCGGAUGCGAAGAAGAAGAACAAGAUGGGGGCGGGGACGGGGCUAGCGGUUGGCGCGGCGGCCGGAGUGCUGGGCGGCCUGGCGCUGGCGGGCGGGGCCAGCUACCUGGAGAACAAGUUCGAGGAGCGCGUGGCGGAGCGGGUGGAGGAGCACAGCUACGACUACUACGGCGAUGACGACUACUGAUCGAUUACACUCCUUUGCAGUUGAAGGAGAGAUCAGAAAUUAAUAUUUACUGUCUGUCCUGUGUUAUCCUCCUAGUAGUAUAUUUUGUCUUUCAAAACAAAUCGAUUAUCGUGUUAUCCUAUACUUUGUCUCAAACAUCAAAAUCAAAAUAAGGAGGAGCCAGCCGAUAGGCAAAUGCAUUAAGGUGAGGCCGUUGAUCCAUGUGUGAUCCUAUUAUAUUAUAUAAGUAAGACUGGAGGCGU